CGCAAACAGGUACAGUUGAUAUUAGCCUAUUAAGGUAUUACAUUAACCAAAAUCAAGAUGGCUGAACAGGAACCAGCAGUGAAAAAGAUGAAGCUGGCUGUCAAAAGUGAUGGAAACAGUGCUGUAACAGUGCUUUCAAAAGAUGUCAUCAAGCCAGACGAUAUGGAAAUUCUGAAAGAAGAAAUGGAAGAAAUGGAACAUUUUAAAGAGACAGAUGUGGGAAUAUUGGCCUUCAUCAGUGACUUACCUGGUUUCCAGGGUAUAAUUAAGCAAAGAUUCUCCGAUUUCAUUGUAAAUGAAGUGAAUGAAAAUGGAGAGGUGGUUCACUUGACUGCCACUUCAGCUAAGACAGAACCUAACUUGGAGACUGACAAAACUGUAAAUCUCCCAUCAACUGAAGUUCAGGAGCCCGAAGAGGCAGGAAAGCCUGUUGAACAAACACCUGUCAAAUGCAGCCAGCUCCCUGAUGCUGAAGUUGAUGAACUCAACAAACUUCUGGUUUCUACAGACAAAUCUUUUACUGUCACACUUCAGGCAAGUGAUGACAAGGAGAAAAGGUGUCAGAUUCACAGAUCCAUUAGGAUGAACUUUCCUAACCUGGAAAGUACCACCCUGGAGGUGGACGGAAAGAAGGUUAUACAAGUCAAGAAAAUCCCUGCAUCAAAGAAAGUUAAACACAAGGGAGGUAAUCGCCAGGGGUGUUACCACCAGAAGAGAAACUGGUGUGGAGACAAGGGAGACUACUGUCGCUUCACCCUCUACAAGGAGAAUAAGGACACUAUGGAUGCUAUUUUUAAACUUGCACAUAUGUUACAUGUUAAUAAAGGAAUUUUCCAGUAUGGUGGAACAAAGGACAGACGAGCCAAAACAACACAGGAAGUCACCGCAUAUAAGUUACGAAUAGAAAAACUGCAAGCUGUCAGUCCAAUCCUUUGGAAUAUGAAGUUAGGAGACUUCAGAUAUGUUGAAAAACCAUUACGACUUGGUCAGAUCUGUGGAAACAAGUUUUCUAUCGUCCUGAGGAAUGUAACUGAGCCUGAUAACCUAAAGAUUGACAAGGCAAUGAUGUCUCUUCGAGACUAUGGCUUCAUUAACUACUUUGGCAUGCAAAGGUUUGGCACCACAUCCAUUCCCACUUACCACAUAGGAAGGGCAAUACUGAACAGUGAAUGGGAGGAGGCGGUAAACCUCAUCAUGAAACCACGGCCUUGGGAAUAUGGUGAGAUUGCAGAAUGUCGCCGGGUGUGGUGGGAAAAGCGAGACUGUAGUGCUGCCCUUAAGGUCUACCCAAAACGUUAUUCCAUAGAGCGCACCCUCCUGGCAGCCCUCAAGAAGAACAGUAGGAAUUUCUGUGGUGCAUUCGGAAUGAUACCGAGGAACACACGGCUAAUGUACCUCCAUAGUUAUCAAAGCUAUAUUUGGAAUUGUGUAGUGUCCCGCAGGAUCCAAGAGUUCGGGAUGAGACCAGUAGUCGGGGACCUUGUGCUCCCACAGGAAUCUGAAUCCAUGGAUGUGGAGCAAAAUCUGGAAAGAGAGGAAGGUGAUGAUGAGAACAAUGGGAAGAGAUUCCAAACUCAGCCAAUCGUAGUUGAUCAAUCCAACUUAAAUGACUAUACCAUAUAUGAUGUUGUUAUGACCAUUCCAGGUUAUGAUGUUAUAUAUCCUGAAAAUGCAGUGAAGAACUGGGUUACUGAGAUUUUGGAGAAAGAUAACCUUACCAUUGAGAAUUUUCGACAUAAAAACAAGCAGUACAUGCUGAAAGGCACCUACAGGAAGAUGCUGACCAGACCAAAGGAUGUGACCUGGCAGACAUACCUGUACAAUGAUGUGAUGCAGCCAAUUGUGCUUAGUGAUAUGGACAGACUUGAAGGGAAGCCUGAACCGCAGUCUAUACCAGGUGGUUCUUUGAAAGCCCUGAAGCUAGAGAUGACACUUCCUCCUGCCUGCUACGCAACCAUGGCUCUACGCGAAGUUCUCAAGAUGGACACUUCGUCAGCACACCAAUCAACGCUAAACCAGACAGCACAGGAUGUCAAAACUAGUGAUGAUAACAUGAAGGACACCAUGACUUGACCACUUUACACCUAGUAAAUGUUAUGUGUCUAGGAAUUUAAACUUGGGAGAUGACUGACAUCUAUCACAAAUGAUUUUUUGAUAGUCAUCAUGUAUCAAGCAAAGUGUCCCGAGGGGAAAAUGCCACCUGCUGAUUGCGUUAUCAGUUAUACUGGUAAAGUAAAAUCUAUCAGAAUAUUUUCUCCCCAGCUAUACUCUGUCAGGCUGCAGAAAAUAUUGUUUAUUAUUUGAAGACCAAAAUAUCCAAAACAAUCAUUAAAUGAAACUUGAUGACCAUAAA